CGUGGCCGCUCGAUAAACUUGCUUGGCUGAAGUAUUUUUUAUAGUGUGCGCCACAGCUCCACCCACAUCGUGUCUGCCGGGAUUACAGCCAUCUGAAGUCCUCUGUGACCACCGAAGGUAUAUCUUAACUCCAGAAGAAACUAUCUUCUAUGAGUCAUUUAAACAUUAACUAGUUAACCCGUUAAAGCCACCGUUCUCUGUCGGGCUGGACCGGAGGCUGAUGAGUGCCGCCGCUCAAAGUCACUCCACAGACUUCUGUGAAUCCGUAAACUGUGAAGAGAGGACAUUAUGUCAACGUCCCCGGAGAUAACCGAUUAACCAAGCGCUUGUCACGUGUCCGACACUGUCCGGGAUAGAAAGGGUUCCCGGUCCUGUGUGGGAUGUUAACGGACUGGUGGUGCGUUGAGGCUGAAGGAGCAUGGUGAAACACCAACCAUUGCAGGUCUAUGAGAAACAGGUCUUUGUGUCCUUUGUCACUGGGAUCUAUGGUUGCCGCUGGAAACGCUACCAGCGCUCCCAAGACGACAGCUCUAGGUGGGAGUGUACAUGGUUCGUCAUCUUGUGCAGUUCUUUCCUCCUGCUUCUCUUUUGGGCCUACUUCUGGUUGGUGGCUCAAAAUGAUUUCAAUGAGUUCAACUGGUUGGUAUACAACCGCUCUGGAGAAUGGAGGGACGAGACGAUCCCCAUCCUCGCAUCCACCACCGUGGGAUUCAGCUACAUCACAUUCUUAUUGAUUUUAGCACUUUUCCAUAUAUCCUUGGGCCAGCAGCUGAACCUCUACUGGGUUCACAAGAUUGGAGUGUUGGCUACGUUGCUCACCACUAUCUCUGGCGUCAUCUCCGUCGAUGACAUUUGGGGAGAUGAGUGGGACAUCCUGCUGCUUUCACUGCAGUCCACAGCACCUUUCCUGCACAUUGGAGCCCUGGUGACAGUCACAGCUAUCAGCUGGUUGGUAGCUGGAUAUGUGGUCCGCAGAGAGAGAUCCAAUUUCCAGGUGAUGAUGUUGCUGAUCUACAUGGUCAUCCUCCUGGCUGUGUAUUUGGCUCCGCUCACAUUCACCUGCCCCUGCAUCAUGGACCGGCACAGCCUCAGACCGCGACCAGAGAUCAUUGGUCGAAGGGGAGCUCCGAUGCUGGCCCCAGAAAACACCAUGGUGUCCUUUAACAGAGCCCUGCAGUAUGGAAGCAGCUCCCUGGAGGCAGACAUCACUAUCAGUGUGGACGGUGUUCCCUUCCUUAUGCGGGACCGCACAUUGAAACGAACGACAGACGUCCGUAAGGUCUUUCCAGUCAGACAGUAUGAUGAUGCCUCUUUCUUCAACUGGACUGAGAUUCGCUCUCUGAACGCAGGCCAGUGGUUUUUGGAGAGUGACCCCUACUGGACAGUAGGAAGCCUCACAGCGAGGGACCGCAGCAGAAUAGGCAACCAGACGGUCUGCAGUCUGGUGGAAAUGCUGCGUCUGGUGGCCAGGGCCAACGGCUCUGCACUGCUUAACGUCCGCCGGCCCCCGCCGGAGCACCCGCGCUACCGGAGCUGGUUCAUGGACACACUGUGGGCUGUGCAGAAAGCGGGCAUUACCCAGAAGAGGGUGAGGACUGUGACGUGGACCCCCGACACUGACAGGGGGAGGGUGCGAGGGCUUCUGCAGACCGCAAACGAGAAGCUGUCAGUGGAAGAGAUGAGGCAGAGGGGAAUAACGAGCCUGACCCUCCACUACAGCAAGGCCAGCCACAAAGACCUGCAGGAGUAUCUGGCCAAUAAUGUGAGUGUGACUGUCUACCCAGUGAAUGAGGGCUGGCUCUACUCCAUCCUGUGGUGUAGCGGGGUGCCUUCUGUGUCCUCUGAUGCCCCCCAAGUCCUCCGAAAGGUGCCUUACCCCAUCUGGCUCAUGAGUCGGAAGGCUUACGACUUCAUCUGGAUCACUUCAGAUCUGGUCUCCUUCGCCGUAGUCGUAGGGAUUUUCAGUUUUCAGAACUAUCAUAUGAUCAGGUGGAGGAUGAGAGGGAUGCAGAACUAUAACCCGGAGCAGAUCAUGCUGAGCGCUGUGGCGCGUCGGUCCAGUCGGGAGGUCAACAUCAUGAAGGAGAAGCUCAUAUUCUCAGAACUAAACAAUGGGCUCAGCAGUACAGAGGAGCUGUGUCUGUAUCCUGAGAACGGAUAUGCCACAUACACUCAUGGAGAGCUCAGUCACUGAACAAAACACACAGCUGGACGUCUGCUUUCAGAGCUCUACUGACCGGAUGUUAUUUUGUCAUCAAAAGGAAGGAGGACAAAUGGGGAAACCGAUCUAUUAAUCAACUUACACCAGGAGUUAUGAUGGCAUGGAUACCAAAUUGUAUCUGAAGUAUCUGGCCUAUAAUUCAUCAGUUUUUCAAAAUUACACAUUAUUCACUUGUUCAUGUGCAAGUUCUAAGUAAUGCAUGUAUGUGUGUAAUUUCAUUUUGUAUGUAUUUUUUUCCUUAAGACUGCCAGCAUUUUCUUUGAAAGUAGUUCACCACUUACCUUUAACAUUGCUGUAAAGAGUCCUGUUCUUGUUUUCAGUGUUAUAAAUGUGUUCAACAUUCUUCAGUGGGACAACAUGGCUGGUGGGUUUCCAUGUCGUCAUCACUUCAGAUGUCAGCUGACCAAAUGUCUCAUGAUGAGUCGCAUGCUAUUUCCUCCUGAAUUAAAUCCGAUGACCAGGUAAACGUGGAAUUUGUGUUUCUCAAAAAAUUGUUUAAUCAAUUCUCAAUCAUGAAUAAAUCAUUUUAAAACAUUAUUACCAGAGACAUUUGGUGAUGUGAGCGUUGGUUGGGACAAAAUCCAUAUGACUACCAUGACUACCACCAUCUGUUUGCUUGAGUGACCUUUGAGCUAAUGCGCUAAUGCGCUGUAAUGUUGUAUUUCACUGUUUUAUAACAGAGGUGUAGUGUUCUGUAUUAUAAACUGAUGUAAAUAUGAGAUGUUUGUAUUCUGUUUUUCAAUGGUUUGGAUUGUAUAUUUUCUGUUGUCAUGUAUUACCAUUGGGACUGAUGUCCUCUUUUAUGUGCAAAAGACAAUAGGGACAAUGUAAAAACUUAUUUUCUUGCAGUUUCAUGGGAUGGGGGGGUAUUGUGAGUAUAUGGGGAUGAAUGUUCUUUGUCAUGCCAUGAUUGACUUACUGUAUAGUCAUAUUAGCUAUUACGUCUUUCACAUGACUGCCUUUUUGUUAAAUUAAUGGACUUGUAGUUUAGCUUAUGUUUUUUAGUGUAGUCUUUUAGUUAAAUAAAAAGGGGUACACAUUUCUAGUUACAGCAACACCUCUGCAGCCGCAGACAUGUCAGCUGUUCAAUUCUAGUUCAAAUCUAUUCUCUUUGAAAAAUGUGCGGUUUGUCUUUUGUAACAAAUAAAUCGCAAAGUAUAUUUUCAAAAUGGAAAUAAAAAAUUGGGGUGAAAGUCUUUGAUUCUUCUACAAUAGGUCAGAAAGCUGAGCUGCUUUACUCUUCCAUGCUUUCUACCAGCUUGUUAUCACUUUAGUUUGGGACCAUAUACCUACAAAGCUAAUGAGUCCCAUCAGCUAUAGCUCUGAGUUCAGUGCUGACUAGCUACUGUUAACGAGCUAACGCGACACUAAGUUGAUGAACAAGGUAAACGUUAUGCCUGCUACACAAUAGCAGGUCAGUAUUGUCGUUGUGAGCAUGUUAGCAUAAUGACAUUAGCAUUUAGCUCAAAGCACCACUGUUGGCUGUAGACUCUUAGUCUGACUAAGACAAUACAACUGCUGCUUCAGUUGUAUUUGACUUUUGUCAUAUUUUGUUACUUCCUGUAAAGUGGUUAAUUAUCAAUGACAACACUAUAGCGCUGGCUACAACAGGAA